GUAACGUGUGUGGAUCGAUCUCUUCACCAAAUCCAGAAUCCAGAAAAAUCCCAAUCUCUCUCUAAGCGAAUCAAAAUCUGAAACGCAUAUUCAUCAUCAGGGAUUUAUAAACCUAUUAUACGAUCAUAUACAUGCAGAUCAUAUAUAUGCAACAAGGUUUCUGACAGACUUAUACACAGGAACACAGAUUUGGAGCCAAAAGUUUGUAAUACGCAUGAGCUGGUUGGUAAAUCUGGGUUGCAAUUCUUCGAAUUCAAAUCACUUCAUCACUUGUCUUCUUCUUUUUGUUCUACAUCACUCACCUCAAUUGUUGCCUACUUCCCUUUUUCAAUUCGACAAACCCUUGGAUCAUAGAAGUCUCUUACACUUGUCUUACUCUUUUCUUCCUCACAAAUUAAUCCCGUUGUUUGAUCCAACAUCAUCAUCGCAACAUGGGUUCAGCAAGAGACAAGAGUAAUCCCCAAUCCAAACAAGCAAUUUGCUACUCAAAUGUUGAAGUGAGACGUUCAGCCUCGCCAUCUGUUAUUGUGAUCGGCGGUGGCUUUGCUGGCAUAGCUGCUGCGCGUGCGCUUCAUGAUGCUUCAAUUCAGGUUAUCGUACUUGAAUCUCGUAAUAGAGUUGGUGGUCGGGUUCGUACAGAUUACUCCUUUGGUUUUCCUGUGGAUUUAGGUGCAUCAUGGUUGCAUGGGGUUUGCAAAGAGAAUCCCUUGGCACCAGUUAUUGGAAGACUUGGACUACCUUUAUACCGGACAAGUGGUGACAACUCAGUGUUAUAUGACCAUGAUUUGGAGAGCUAUGCACUGUUCGAUAUGGAUGGGAAUCAAGUUCCUCAAGAAUUAGUCUCACAGGUUGGAAAAACAUUCGAGGCCAUAUUAGAAGAGACUAAUAAAGUGAGGGAGGAGUUCAUUGAAGACAUGUCUAUACAUCAAGCAAUAUCAAUUGUGUUCGAAAGAAACCCAAAACUAAGGUUGGAGGGGCUUCCUCAUAAGGUGUUGCAGUGGUACUUGUGUAGAAUGGAAGGCUGGUUUGCUGCAGAUGCUGAGACAAUAUCUCUCAAAUGCUGGGACAAGGAAGAAUUGCUUCCUGGUGGGCAUGGACUCAUGGUUAGGGGUUAUCUUCCAGUUAUAAAUACACUUGCCAAAGGCCUCGACAUCCGAUUAGGUCACAGGGUUACGAAGAUAAAUAGACGUAAGAAUGGUGUGAAGGUAACUGUUGAAAAUGGAAAAACUUUGUUUGCUGAUGCGGCUGUUGUUGCUGUGCCGCUUGGUGUUUUGAAGUCGAAUACCAUUAAGUUCGAACCAAGACUACCUGAGUGGAAGGAGGAAGCCAUAGCCGACCUUGGAGUGGGAAUCGAGAACAAGAUAGUUUUGCAUUUUGACAGAGUGUUUUGGCCAAAUGUUGAAUUUCUAGGAGUAGUUGCGGAGACUUCUUACGGAUGUAGCUACUUUCUUAACCUUCACAAGGCCACCGGUCAUGCCGUCCUAGUCUAUAUGCCUGCAGGACAGCUAGCAAGAGAUAUCGACAAACUGUCGGAUGAUGCGGCUGCUAAUUUUGCUUUUAUACAUCUCAAAAAGAUUCUUCCUGAUGCUUCUGCCCCUAUUCAGCAUCUAGUUUCUCGUUGGGGCAGUGACAUCAAUUCGCUCGGCUCCUAUAGCUACGAUGCAGUAGGAAAACCCCAUGAUCUGUAUGAAAGGCUAAGGAUCCCUGUCGACAACUUAUUCUUUGCAGGGGAAGCGACAAGCACCGACUAUCCAGGCUCAGUACAUGGUGCCUACCACACCGGACUGAUGGCUGCAGAGGACUGCAGAAUGCGGGUCCUGGAACGUUACGGCGAGCUCGACCUUUUCCAGCCAGUCAUGGGUGAGGACACCCCUGCUUCGGUCCCAUUAUUGAUAUCCCGUAUCUAAACCUGAAUAAGAUUUGGUGCAACGGGUAAGGUUCCGGAUUUGUGAUCGUGAUCGGUAGGUCCCGGGUUAUUGUAAAAUGGAACCAUUUCACAAAGAUAAAAGAACCUUAUGAACCUGUUUGCCAAUAUGCAGACUGCUUUAUGGACAAAUAAUAAGGUGUAGUGAAACUGAAUGAUGAAUGUGGAAUAUGGCCAAGUGCCUACCUUAUAAAGGGCAUUGUGUAUAAUGAAAUGUAGUGAUCACAUGAUCAAAUAAUAAAUGCGUUUUCAACAAAAGAUGAAUCAAAAGGUGAUCU